AUGGCCGGACGCGUGGCGCUGGCGGCGGUCCUGCUGUGCGCGGCGGCGGCAAUGGCCGCGGCGCAGUCGGCGACCAACGUGCGCGCCACCUACAACUACUACAGCCCCCAGAAGAUCAACUGGGACCUCAACACCGCUAGCGCCUACUGCGCCACCUGGGACGCCGGCAGGUCCUUGGCCUGGCGCUCCAAGUACGGCUGGACCGCCUUCUGCGGGCCCGCCGGCACCAGAGGCCAGGCAUCCUGCGGCAAGUGCCUCCGGGUGACGAACGCGGCAACCGGCGAACAGAUCACGGCGAGGAUCGUCGACCAGUGCAGCAACGGCGGCCUGGACCUGGACUACGACACGGUGUUCACCAAGAUCGACAGCAACAGGCAGGGUUUCCAGCAGGGCCACCUUACCGUCAACUACCAGUUCAUCGACUGUGGCGACAACUAAGCAAGAAUUGGUGCUCCAGCACUACGAAGAAUAAGAAGCUACGAAUAAUGAUGUAUUUGCAUUUUCGCACAUCAUAGUUAAUAAGCUGGAAUAAAACGGACUGUGAUGGAUCCAACAUCCAAGGUUUUUCUCUCUCAAGGAACCGUGUGAAGGCAGUUUAUUUCUGAAAAUAAUUUGAGAAUCAAGAUUUUAUUUUGA